AGAUUAAGAAGCAGCGAGAAGCCGCAAUGACAACAGCUACAGCCACAUCAGUGUCUCCAGAAAGGAUCGCACCAGAUGACGAUGCAGAGGCUCUGCGUGCUCGACUAGCUGCUGCGUUGAAUCUGUUGGGCCAAGUACAAGCUCUAAGCCGUCACGGUGUGAGUUUGAUCACCGGAACGAACAAUCCGGACCUGGGAGACCUUCACUUACUAUCAGCUGCAUCGGCACGCACCAGUACAGCAGUUCCGGACUCGCCGUCGUCUUCUCCUAAUGAAGAUGGCCAACAAAACGACGAAAAGGACCCUGAAGAUUCUUCUGUGAAGACAGAUAAGGAAACUGCAAGGAAAAUGGCGACUAAGGAGGUGCCAAGCAAGGACCAAAUGGAAGACGCUGUCAACGGAGCAGCGGAGCCCAAGUCGUCACCACUCAAGUUGAAGCGCGAAAAGAAGAAAGCGUUCAAGCAGGCGGCCCCUCUCUCUGCUGCAAUCGAAGCCAAUGCUGCCUCAGCAAUUGCAGCAAUGGCAUCAGUCAAUAGCAGCGCCAAGAGCUCGCCGAGUGAAGCUAGCACCGCAGCCGCCAAUGGUGACGGGGAGGGCGACUGGGAAAUGCUGGAGUGAGGGCGCUGGAUAAAAUGCUUGUAGGUGUUGAAAAAUGACGUACUCUUGCUUCCACUAUCGCAAAUUUUGCAGAUCAAUUUCGAGUAUCAACGCUCAAAUGCUAAUAUCAACCAAUCAACGA